CACUUCACCUCUGCAAUGUCUUCAAGCUACAAGGAACUUACUCCGCUGCUGCUGCUCCUGCUCGCCAUGGCUGGUCAUCCAGCCAGGUGUGCGGAGGUGCCCCGCAUCAUUGGCGGCCAGUUCGCGUCGCCGGGCCAGUUUCCACAUCAGGUGUCGCUGCAGUUGAGGGGACGCCACCAUUGCGGCGGCUCCUUGAUAUCCGACACGAUGAUCGUCACCGCGGCCCACUGCACCAUUGGCCAGAGCCCCAGCCAGAUGAAGGCGGUGGUGGGCACUACGGACCUGGCCGCUGGCAAUGGCCAGACGCUCGACAUCGCUCAGCUGAUCAUCCAUCCGCAGUACAAUCCGCAGACGCAGGACUUUGACAUGUCGCUCAUACGCCUCAGCAGCCCCGUCAGGCUGGGCGGCGCUGUUCAGACCAUUCAGCUGGCCGACGCCGACGCCAACUACGCGGCGGACACCUUGGCCACCAUCAGCGGCUUCGGCGCCAUCAACCAGAAUCUGCAGCUGCCGAAUCGCCUCAAGUUCGCCCAGGUGCAGCUGUGGAGUCGCGACUUCUGCAAUGCCCAGAACAUUCCAGGACUCACGGAUCGCAUGGUGUGCGCAGGACAUCCCAGCGGACAGGUCAGCUCGUGCCAGGGCGACUCCGGCGGCCCACUGACUGUCGAUGGCAAGCUGUUCGGUGUGGUCUCCUGGGGAUUCGGCUGUGGCGCCAAGGGUCGCCCGGCCAUGUACACAUACGUCGGCGCCCUGAGGUCCUGGAUCAAGCAAACCGCAAAUGUUUAGCCCAACUGAUACGACGAAUAGACCUGAUGCGAAAAUGAAUAAACUCCUAUUUAGAU